GGUUUCGCGCACCCCAGCUUCCUCUGCCUCUGUGAAGCGUAUAAGAGAGUAAUCUAGCGUACUCUCAGAACAAGAUUAGAAUUUAACCCACCCCAUUGCUCCCAGCAUUGUGUAGACAAUUAAAGCUGAUAACUAGACACAUUCCAUGGCUCAGUUUAGCUACGAGGUACGAGCUCGCGAGACGAUGUCGACCUGGCGCUUCAAUCUCCUCUGGCUGCUAAUCGGUUUGGCGACGGCUAUAACACGUUCCUCAGCCGACGGCAAUGGCAGCACAAUCAUCCAAAAUGACCUGACCACAGACAUUGCCAAGCAAAUAAUGCGUCGAGCGAAGGCGGCCGAAAUCCGUACUAUGCUAGACACUCACACACUGCCCUGCGACGACUUCUAUAGCUACGCAUGUGGCAACUGGAAACGGCAUAACCCGGCCGAUAUUCUGAGCAAUAGCAUGACGGACAACUUUCAGCUGAUCUCCAAAGGCUUCGAUCGACGACUGCAGCAAGUGCUGAGGCAUGAGGCCAAGACGGGAGUGGAGACAAAGCUGCAGCGCUUUCAUCAAUCCUGUCAGCUGGUACAUCGCGACGAUGUUCACUACAAGUUGGCGCUGGAGAAUGUUUACAAGGAGUUUGGCGAGCUGCCAGCUCUGGCGGGCGAGAACUGGAAUAAAUCAGACUUCAGCUGGUGGCGCACUGUGGCGCAGAUUCAACACAAAUACGGGAAGCAAAUUAUCUUUGCGGUAGACAUUAUGCGCGAUUUCAAGACUGGCAGUGAAAACAGAAUUUAUUUGGGCACUCAGAAGUACGAAAAUCUGAAGGAGGGCACCAUAGCCAAGGACCUACAGCAGUUUUUUGGCGUAAGUAAGGAAGUGGCCAAAGCUACAGCCAAAGAUAUACUGGAGCUGGACGAUAAACUGAAGGCGGGCAGCUCCAAUACUCGCGAUGCCGCUCUGCAAGACUUGCUGAGCCUGCAGAAGGUAUCGCAACUACAAGAGCAAUACGGCUCCAAUAUUAAUUUGACGGAGUUUCUCAGCUUAGUGCUUGGGGGGUACGUACCCGAGCAAAUCUACACGUACGACGGAAUAUAUCUGGAGGCCACAUUCAGAACGACCAGCUCGACUGCGCCCCACACGCUGGCCAAUUACAUUUUGUGGCGGCUCUUGCAGGAGUUCUUGGCCGACGUGGACUCCAAAGACAUCGACAAAUGGUGCAUUGAGAAAACUAAAAACUACUUUGGCAAGUACGUGGAUUAUCUGGUCUACGCGCGCUACCGCAAUGAUGCCGUUGAGGCCGAGGUCUUCAGCAUGUGGGAGGAGAUACGCGCCACAUUCCGACAGGAGCUAGCAGGCGACAAACUGGACUGGAUAGCCAACGAGACUCGCACAACGGCCAUUGAAAAGCUGGAGCGCAUGGAACUGGCCAUCAACUCCUAUACGAAUGUGAACUUUGAGGAGCUCUAUGGCAAUGUAACCAUUGAUGGGCUCAACUAUGUAGCGAAUGUUCAGCGCCUAUUGGCGGCUCAAGCCGAGCGCAAGCUCCGUAGUUUGAACAAUCAGCCGACCACACUGGAGCCAACCAAAGAACUAAGCUUCGCUGCGUCGUACAGCCUUUUGGAAAAUAAGAUACAAAUACCAGUAGCGUUGCUACAACCGCAUUACCUUUGGGGCCCCAACUAUCCCGAGGCGCUCAAGUACGCCACCUUGGGCUCCCUCAUUGCUCACGAAAUGAUCCACGGUUUCGACGAUGAUGGACAGAAACACGACGCGAGCGGCAACUUCUCCCCCUGGUGGGACCGCAAGUCGCGCUAUGAGUUCGAGGCGCGUAGAAAGUGCUUCCAGGCUCAGUACCAUAGCUACCAGUACGGCGAAACUAAGCUCCCGGACUCCAAAUUGCAGUCGGAGAACAUAGCGGAUAAUGCCAGCGUAAAGCUGGCCUACGCGGCCUAUCAGCGUUGGUUACAGAAGCAGCCGCCCACGAAUCCUAUCAUUGAGAUACGGGAAACACUUCCUGGCCUAGAGAUAAACAAUCGGCAACUGUUCUUCGUGGGCUUCGCCCAGCUGUGGUGUGAUGAUGUGCAGACACAGUUUCGCUCGAAAGUGGCGCUGGAUUCACACGCGCCGAGCAAGUUUCGCGUCGUUGGUUCGCUGUCCAAUUUCCAAGAGUUUUCCUGGGUCUUCAACUGCCCCCAAGAUGCGCCGAUGGACCCCAAAUACAAGUGCGCCAUUUACUAAAAUGCUACUGUACUAGGAACGAAUCGAACUUUAUUGCGCAGUUUUUCGACUCUACAUUUUAAGAAAUACGUGAAACACUUUGUGUAAAAAUGUAUAUUUUGCGAAUUAAAUUCCUGCUUUGAA